CUUCCAGCAUGUCAUAUAAGUACCUAUCUCAUAUAUGCUUUUUCACCGAAUAACAAACUUCUGUCUGCAGGACUCGCCAGAAAAUAAAAUGAACAGGCAAGCUUGAAAGCAUGACCACAAGGAGCAAUCUGUACAAAAAUCCAGCUCACUCUUACUUCAAAGACUUCAACCUCACUUCAGCUCUAGAUAAUUUACAAGCUUACAACCUUGCAAUCGGUAAUGCUUCUGCGUCAUCAAAUGACAACGAAAACGCAGAGAAAAGCUCUGUUAACAAUGUUGAUAAAAAACGCAAAAGAAAUGAAAAUUAUUCUCCAGAAACUAAGCUGGAAAUUGAAGGUUCAAAUUAUGUGACAGACGAAAUACUUGAUCAUGAACAGUACAAACUAAAAUGCAGGAGAGAUAAUGGUGCUUUGCCACUGCCGAAGGAUGUUACUCCAAAUUUCUGUUGGCAGGCAGCAUCAAGUUUGGGAUUUGAUGCUUAUGAGAAGAUUGACGAAACUACAAAACAUAGUAAGAGGGAGGUGCUUUGCAAUGAUUCAACUUCAAAUUUUUCAGGACCAUAUGCAGCUUCCGAAAAUUUGGACGAUGGACUAAUGGAAAGUGCAGAAGUGUGUGAAGCAACAAAAGAGAUUGCUCUACAAAUGCAGGCUGGAGCAAGUGGGAUAUGCACAAAGAGAGACAACCAGCGCUUUCCAGCACCUGAGGAACCUGUUUGUGUUGUAUGUGGUAGAUUUGGGGAAUAUGUUUGUGAUGAGACAGAUGAAGAUGUCUGCAGCAUGGAGUGUAAGUGUGAGUUGCUGCAGCUCUAUGCAAAAGAACGUGCUGAGAAAGCUAAAGAAGCUAGAACCUCAUUUAUUUCUUAUACAAGACCAAAGGGUGCAUUACAACUUCCGGAGUUGGAAGCAGAAACCUGGGACCUUGUCAAACAUCAAUGGAUGAAUAAAGGAAGCAGCCUGACUACAUAUGAAUGUUGGAAAUGUAGACGAGCAGGUCAUCUUCCAGAUGACUGUUUGGCAACAAAGAACAUACCUGCUCCAAGUCCUGCAAAUCCUAGAUGCUAUGAGGUUCCAGCUGAGAAGGAUCCAAUCUCUAAUAUGUUUACAAUGGAGCUCCAUGCACUUUACAGAAGGUGCAAGCAAAUUGGAGCAAAUGCAAAUUCUGCAGAGUGCCAUACUUGCCACCGCCAUUCUAAUUUAGCAAUGUGCCUGGGUUGCACUGGGGUUUUCUGUGACAGGAGAUGUAAUAUACCUGUUCUAGUCGAUUUUCAAAAAAGAGUCUUUCUUUUCAGUGCAGGUCAUUUAAGUGGACAUAUGGAUGCCCACCCAUCUCACAGGCAAUAUUACUCUUAUAAGCUCCAGCGCCUGGUCAAGUGCAGCAAGUCAACAUGUGAUGUGACUGACAUCAGAGAAUUAUUGAUAUGUCAGCAUUGCACAAGCAAAGCGUUUGACAAAUUCUAUAACAUGUUUAAAGCAACUUGUGGGUAUGGAUGGAGCAGGAAUGGAGCAGGUCUUAAACUAAUUUGCAACUCUGUAUGUUGUGAUGAACAUUUCAUGUGGCACAGGAUGAACUGCCCACAUGCUGAAAUUGAAGACAGUGCAUAUCUCAUCAGCAAGGAUGGUUCAACGUUGAAGAGAACCCAACUUAGUGAAUUCUUGUUCUAGGAAGGGUUCAUUUAUCACCCAUGUUUCAAAACUUACUAUCAAGAAGAAAGUUGCAUUGACAAAUGAGCAAUUGAGCUUGGAUCAUGAAAUUUUACAGAUUAGUUUUACUCUGAACUUCAAUUAAUGAAAAGAUAUUCAUGAUGUUUGAGCUGUUA